CUCUCCAAUUCUGAGGCAACACGACUACGAUUGCGCGCGAAGGAGAACACUGCAGAAUUCUCCAUCUAUUCAGGAAUACCAAGGGAACAGCGACACGACUGACGUUCUCUAGAGAGCUGUCCGCAACGCCGGACGAGCUCGUUCACCAAGUUCAGCGUCCAACGAAAAUCGAUACCACGACCAGCCACCUGAAGGCGAACAACCAAACUAUCUUUAUGCUGACGGCCUUCACGACGUUACGAUUUCCCCGGUUCCACCAUCUUUUGCUGGCUUAAUCGCGCGUUGUUUGAUUCUAGUCCCUGCAUCAUCACUACCUUGACCUUCUAGGUUUCCCGCGCAUACAUCCAUAUCUGCGUCAUCACUCCGACCGACUUGGAGACCAAUCUCGAGGGACAACCACCACCAUGUCGGACCAAGGGCUCUCUCCUCCCGGGAGCAGCGUCUAUUCCUCUGACUCCAUGUAUGUCGGUGACGGAACAUGGGAUUCAGAGCGCAACACCUUCCUGCUGCCCAACCUGAUGGGUAUCAACUUCGACACCAUGCGCUACAAUGGCAUGGGCAAUCGCUUUCGCAACAUGGCUGGCUACAAGCCCCUCGUCACUGCCCACGGUGUUCUUGCCGCCAUCACCUUCCUCUUCGUCGUACCAGGAGCCGUCUUCAUGGCUCGAUUCUAUCACCGUAACCCACGACUCGCCCUGCGCGUACACAUCUGGCUCCAGAUCGUGACGCUACUGCUUGCGACCGCGCUUAUCGUGCUUGGGUUUCAAGCUGUUGGCCUCGAGAGAUCCUUGACGAACCCACAUCAUGGCAUUGGUGUAGCUCUGUAUGCUCUUGUAGUUGUACAGGUCUUGGGAGGGUCUAUUAUACAUCGCCUUGAGAAAGGCAAGGAGCGCUUCAAGAUACCACUGAAGCUUAUCCUACACCAAUGGAUCGGUCGCAUCGUACUCCUCCUUGGUAUUGCGCAAAUCCCACUCGGACUGACGCUCUAUGGUUCCCCCAAGGUGCUAUUUAUUCUGUUUGCAGUCUGGGCGUUCUUGCUUCUGAUCGUCUACUUCGUGCUUUCCUACAGAAACCAACCUGAGAUGGGAUUUGAUGACAAUACGACCUACAUCACCGAACGCACUGCUAGCACCAGGAGCCGAAGAAGUCGCGGUGGUCGUGGCCUUGGAGCUCUCGCGACCGCAGGCGCAGCAGGUGCUGGACUUGCGGCACUGGCAUCAAGAAACAGAUCGCACAGCCGCAGUCGAAGCCGACGCCGUGGUGAUGAUACCACAGUGUUGAGCUCCCGCCCCGACUCACGUUCGCGAGUGACCCAAUCGCAGUUCACCGAGUCAUAUCUAAGCGAUGAAAAGUACAAUGACAAGCGCAAGGGCUCUUCUUGGAAGGACAAACUUCUCGGUGCUGGAGCCGCCGUAGGAGGCACUUUUGCUAUAAAGUCUCUUUUCGGCAAGAAGAAGGACAACAGGCGGGCCUACACCGAAACAUCGACUGGCAGCGACAUUAGCUACGGCCGCCCAUUGGGUCAAUCUGAAGUUACUCAGACCGAUCUGAGUCGCCUGGAGGAAGGAAGAGCGCCUGACUCACCAGCAAGGAAUCAAGACUGGCGCCGUGUCGAAGAAAGGGAAGCAGCUCAGGCAGCUGCCAUGGGCGCAAGCCCCAUGCGCGGCCACCGUCCAGCAAGAAGCGGUGGAUCUAUCGACUCAUUCGACAGCCGUACUAGCUUCAACGACCACCCAGACUCCCAUCCCCUAAGAGAGGAAUCGUCAUACGGGGUUAAGGAUGGCAUCAUGACCCUUGGAGCGAUUGGAUUUCUUAAGCACACGUGGAACAAGCGCAAGAACAGGAAAGAAGACGCUCGCAUUGAGGAGAUGAAGCAACAAGACAUCGAGGAGGAGAAGAUGGCCCGUGCAAACAGCAACCGCAGACGAUUCACUGGUGAUGGUGCACCGCCUCGGAGACACAAUGGCCCUCCAUCAACCGUCUAUUCUGAGACCGAGAUCUCCGGCAUAACGCCCUCUGUGGCAAGGCCCCACGGUGGUGUUCCACCCCCAAUGCCACCCAUGACAUCAUCUGCCGGUCCAUCUGUUCUACGUCCCGCUGAUAACACCGUUCUGUCUGACUCUGGCUCUGAGGCUUACAUGUCUCCUGGUGGUCGUUCGCAUCGUCGUCACCGCAGCUCUGCAGGCGCUGCCGCUCUCGCUGGCGGCGCAGCGGCUGCAGCAGCCUCAUCUGGGUCGCCAUCAAGACGCAGGAACAGUCGGGAUGAGAGCGUUGUCUCUCCUCCUGUAUCAGUGAAGGUCAAGAUGCACAAUGACGGUCGACAUGUCACACUUCGCCGUCUGAAUGAGGAAGAGGCGGCAGCAGAACGGGACGCCCGGAGACGGGAACGACAACGGAGAAACCGCAAUGGGAGCAUGUCCUCCUUGAGUCAACUCGACGGAGAUCGAUGGCGUAGAACCGAGGCUCUUGAGGCACAGCAGGCGGCAGAGAUGGUACAGGCGCAAGGAUUGCCUCUCCCACCGCAAUCUGGGGCGCCUCUACAGAUGCCAGAGCCUUACAUCCCACCACCUCCGCCCGGCCCUCCUCCAAACUUCGGUAGUAACAACCAGAGGCCGCCAACGCACAUGAACCUACCCCCACCUCCACCAAUCCCUGCGGAUGCUAGCAUCUUGAGCAGCCCUCAGGGCACCCAAGUAUACGGUACGGAGACAGACGUCAGCAACUAUGACUCAAACAGAAGGCGAAGAAGGGCCGAGAGGGCUCAAGCGAAACAAGCUAGGUCGGGUGGGAGCCGAGUAGAGUUCUCUUGAUGUCAUGUUGAUGUUGACGUUGAUAAUUAAACCAGAGCGUUGCAUGGAGGUAUUUUUGUGCAUUUCAAGGCGUCCCUUAUCACACGGAGUAUGAACAGGUGGACCAUUAGCAUGGGAGUUCCCCAACGUAGAUACUUUCAGUAUGGUGUAUAAAUAUCCCAUGUUCACCGAUGGGCGUUCCGCGGAGCUGAUCCCUG